AAAUUGGAAGGAAGAAGGAAAUGAAAGUGACGUGGAAGAACAGCAAGAAACGCUCGUUGCCGGCGGUGUCCAACUUCAGUAACCUUCCUUUUGAGCAUCAAGAGGAGGAUGUGACUCCUCAUCAAGACCAUGCUCGUUUGCGGGGCAAUAAAGAUGCCGAAACCGGUGCUCGUAACUCGGACCAAUCCGAAGAUCGGGACAGUCCCCAUCACUCUGACUUAUCGGAAGCAAGACGUCUGGCCAAAGAAUUUCAAGCUCAGGGAGACAAGCUUGCUGAGGAUGGGAAGUACGGGGAGGCAUUAGGUAAAUGGGAGUCUGCUCUGUCAUUGACACCUGAUGUUGCUGUUUUACAUGAACAGAAAGCCCAAGUUCUCCUGGAAAUUGGAGAUGCUUGGAAUGCUUUGAAGGCUGCAAUCCGAGCUACGGAAUUGCAGCCAUCAUGGGCUGAGGCAUGGGUUACACUUGGCCGGGCUCAGCUAAAUUUUGGCGAACCUGAUUGUGCCAUUGAGAGCUUUGACAGAGCCCUAUCUAUCAAGCCUGAUUGCGUGGAUGCUCAAGGCGACAGAAAAACGGCAUCACAUCUUGUAAAGAAGAGAAAGCAACUCCACUCAGCAGGCUUGAGUAGUACUAAAAAUCGUUACGAGGUGGGUGAUAAAGAAAGCGCCUGAAGAAGACUUGACCUGAUCGCCGCAGUUGCGUUCUCAGAGUUCAUUGGCGCGGCCACGUCUUGUCAAUAGUCAAAUACAGAUGACUGGUGCUACACCUGUAUUUAACUGUUUAAUAAUAAAUUACUCGGCGAGCAAUUUUUUUCUUUUUUUGGUUGUUUUGUUUUGAUAGAAGGCGAGCAAAUAUUUGGGUCGGACGUCAUCGUUAAGAAACAGUUUUCUUGAUGACAUUCCCUACCCUGUUGCGGACGAUUUCUUCCGUAAAAGUUCCCUUCGUACAAAUUAAUGUUAAUAUAAUCAGGGGCGUGAC